CAUUUGCGCUUGAGCGCUGGAGCUUGGUGUUUCAGUCAUCGAGCUCUUCAUCGUUUUUUAGGGUUCAUGAUGGGUUCAGAGGCCAAGGGCGGGGAAGAGAGGAUACUCCCGGCAACGCGGCGGCCCGAUGGAACAAUGCGCAAGGCCGUGAGGAUACGAGCUGGAUACGUGGCGCAGGAGGAGGUCGCCAUUUAUCAAUCCAAAGGCGCCUUGUUCAAGAAGGAUGCUCCUUUGGUUCCUCCCGGCUACGACCCCGAAACCGAUUUGAUCAAGCCAAAAACUAAAGCCGCAAAGAAGAACGAGAAAAGGAAGGAGAAGAAGCAACAGGCAAAACUGGGAUCGACAACAACAGAGCCCGGCGACUCACUCUCACAAAAACUUGACGCCCUGCAAGUUUCUUCCGAGCCAUGCGAGACAACAAAGCAAGGAGAAAUCUCGCAAGAAGGAAAUCAAAGCGUGACUGACACUGGCAAGUCGGAGCUGGAGAAGAGGAUUCGAGCUCUCAAAAAAAAGAUCCGGCUAGCAAACGAAUCGCCUCAAGAAGGGACGUCCUCUCAGCCAAAACCAGAGAAGGUGAAAGCAUGGCAAGAGGAGCUCCAGCAACUAGAAGCUCAAGCUCAAGCUUAGCUUUUUUUUUAACAUAAUUGGGAGGGAAUAGUUUUCUUC